AUGACAACUGCUGGUUUGAGUAAAAAGGUCGAAUGGUGCUCGACCAUUUUUUCCCUUGCUAGUCAGGGCCGGCAGAUCGCCUGCGGUGUUGGGUAUCAAAUCAGCCCAGUGAUCGACUCGAGAACGAUAGAAGCCAUGAAGAAAUGUCCAUGCGCAGAGGAGAGGCCAGCACCAAACGAGAUGAUGGGCCCUGAAGGCGGGGUGGCUGGCACAGAUACCUACUACCGUAUCGAUGAUUGUCAUGUUUCUCUCCUGGUUAGCAACAGCCGACAGAGUAGAGGCACGGCAAGAGCCAUGCGAUGGCGUGCUGCCAACAUUUCAGAUGACGGUCGAACGAUGGCCCAUUCGCCAGAGGCAGAGUUUUUGAUCAUGCUGCAAGGUUAUGGCUGGAUGGAGACAAGAGCAAGUUUGCCGUGA